UAAAGCCGGUGGGAAAGCGAAAUUUGCAAUCCUUGGUCCGCACGAAGCAAGAGGGAGAGAGAGAAGGAGUGUCUGGUUUGAGAAUUUAGAUAUUCGCAGUUUGGUGGGAAAAGUGGGCGGAGAGGAAUAUCUGGAUUCCACCUCUUUCGACGGUGGUUAUGCUGCUUGCCGUUCAGGGUGCCCUUAAUUUGAAUUUUGACGAUCUUGUUCUCUCAUUCAAGAUAUGGAGGCAGCUUGUUUCUGGCCAAAUUGCUACAAGUAUCGAUUGCUUUCUUUCCAAGAAGUGCAGGAUUGGCAUAGCUUUGUCCUUGUAGAUUUUCUUCUUGUUUCCUUUGUUAAUUGCACCUAGGGUUCUGUUCCUCUUGGAUGAUCACCAAUGGGUAUGUAAUGCUAGUUCCUUCUGAGACAGGUGCUCCAUCUUUAGUGCACUUGUGCAAUGCAUUGCUGACCCAAAAUCCAGUUAAAACAUCUUGUCAAUCAUCAUCUGGGGGCUGAAGUUUACAGGUUGCUGACUGAAUGUUGGAUGCUUUCUCCAUGUCAAGUAUCGGAUAGGCAAUUACAUUGAAUCAGUGUGCCCUGUAAUCAUUAGUAUUUAAUUCAUUUUCGCUCCUUAUGGAUAUUGGUGUGAACUAAACAUCAGCUACCUGAAGGCUCUGAAACAAUUCCUAUUAGUUUUGGUGAAGUAGCUAUUACUGGAGUUUUGAUGUCCUGGGUCAGUGACGCUAUCUUGAGAUCAAUGCUGUUGCCUUGAUAACUCAUUUUGGUUGGACCUGGGAAGUGUUAAUAUGAUCUAUAGUAUUUGUUCAUCAUUGCCACCCGCAUCUUGCUACCCUUAUGAAGCCAUAGGUCUAUUAAUCAAUAAGGCCGUGCAGCCCUUUCAUCUGAAAGCUUGUGACUUUGAGCCUUCCCAUGCUUUGACAGAAUUGAUGGUGGUUUUUGCUGGAACAGCACCUAUCUGUUGAUACUUCGUAGACUUUCUCGGCAUUGUCUUCAAGAGAUACAUUCUAUUAUCUUGUGUGUUUUCUUACAUCUUUUGAAUAAAGAAAGCUGCUUUGCAGUUCUACGGAAUAAUGGAGAGGUACAGGUUAAUCAAGGAGGUUGGUGAUGGAACAUUUGGGAGUGUCUGGAGAGCUAUUAAUAAGCAAACUGGUGAAGUUGUUGCAAUCAAGAAAAUGAAGAAGAAAUAUUACUCUUGGGAGGAGUGUAUAAAUCUGAGAGAGGUCAAGUCGUUGAGGAAAAUGAACCACCCUAAUAUUGUGAAACUGAAGGAAGUUAUUCGAGAAUGUGACAUUCUAUACUUUGUUUUCGAGUACAUGGAAUACAACCUGUACCAGCUCAUGAAAGACAGGUCAAAGCUGUUUUCUGAAGGCCAAGUUAGAAAUUGGUGUUUUCAAAUUUUUCAGAGUCUUGCUUACAUGCACCAGCAUGGAUAUUUUCACCGCGACCUGAAGCCAGAAAACUUGCUGGUUACCAAGGAUGCUAUUAAAGUUGCUGAUUUUGGUCUAGCACGAGAGAUCAGUUCACAACCACCCUAUACUGAAUAUGUCUCCACACGGUGGUAUCGAGCUCCUGAAGUGCUGCUUCAGUCUUAUCUCUAUGGUCCUGAAGUUGAUAUGUGGGCAAUGGGUGCUAUAAUGGCUGAACUCUUCACUCUCCGCCCGCUUUUUCCUGGUGCCAGUGAAGCAGAUGAGAUCUACAAAAUAUGCAGUGUGAUUGGCAGUCCCACCGUGGAGUCAUGGGCUGGUGGUCUUAAACUUGCAAGGGAUAUCAACUAUCAGUUUCCACAGCUUGCUGGUGUUCAUCUUUCUGUUCUAAUCCCCUCUGCAAGUGCUGAUGCUAUCGACCUUAUGACAGCACUUUGCUCAUGGGAUCCCAGCAAGAGGCCGACAGCUGCUGAGGCCCUUCAGCACCCAUUCUUCCAGAGUUGCUUUUAUAUUCCUCCUUCCCUCCGCACCAAAGCAAUAGCCAGAACUCCUCCAUCCGCUGGGGUGCGGGGAUCGGGGGAUCGCCAUGGGGCUAAGAGAUAUUCAGGUGCUUUGUCUAAUUCGAAGCUAACCAAUAAUUAUCCUCCCACUAAAUUGCAACCUCCUUUUGCUCCAGGUGUACAACGCAAACUGGAUUUGACAAAUGAGGAUGGAAAUAAAACUGAUAAAGCCUUGAAGACUGUCAAACAACCAAAGUAUAGGCCUCCCGGAAAGAACAGCCCAACAUCGAUGAACAAGGGAAGAACAGUACGUGGGGUUGCAGAGACAGCUGAGAAGUUGGCUAAUAUGAGUGUUGGAAUCCGAAAACAAUCUAUGGGAGAAGCUCGACCUCCUCCUCCAAUGAAAGCUGGAGUCCAGUGGGGUUCUGAAUCUAAGAACUUGCUGCCGAGGCCUGCUCAAGUGGUUUCUACUGGAAGAACUUUUCCUAGGAAAGUUGCCGGAUGAGAAAAUACCAGCAAAAUAAAGUUAAUCUUCCUUCCAUUGUUAAAUAUGGUCCUCCAGUAUAUGUUUGCUCUUACCCUUGAACCUUUUGGUUAUCCGCUGGUUUUGCGUUUGAGUGUUUGUAUCUCUUACGGGGUGGGAACUGUGCUGAUUCGCUAGUUUGCUUGUUAUUUUAUAUAUAUUUGGCGAGUUUUAAUGAAUAAAAGGGCGCUACGCUCUUUGCUUGUGUUCAGUUUCGGUUAAUGCUAAGCGUGCAAUGGAAGUUGUAUCAAAACAUAUGAAAUUUUAGUUGCAGACUUGCUCUGUCAGCUACUCUUGAAUUUUACUUCUUGAAUAAUAUGGUAGCGUUCUGUAUU